GAAGAUUCAAAUGCAACAGUGUAUGGCCUUCUUUUGGAAGGCCAGGGCGGUGUCUGACUCUUUGUAACUGGAGUCAUCAUGGCAGGCCUUAGGUCGCUGCAAGAGCGUUCAGAAGUCUUGGAGGGAGGGAACUCGAACACUAUCGAGAACAAUUUCACCGACGCUGCUGAGACAGUUAACUCCCUUAAUACGAAACAGAAUGCCCUGUUGGGCGCUGAUUUUGACUUCUCAAAGAUUUUGGGCCUUGCAAGCACUGGAAGCUUUGAUGAUCUUAUCGCACCCCUGAGUAUAUUUGUUUCCGUUUUGGAUAAUCUAGCGGCUAUCCACAGCUUUGUCGCCGUCGUAGCCAUCCCCUUUAAAGCAAUUGUAAACAUCGAGCUCCAGCGUCAAGGAAAUGAUCGAAGGGCGCUAGUGCUCCUGAAUCAAAUGGCGGAUAUGAUGAGCCAGCUGACUGAACUGUCAUCGACCGCUCCAAAUGAAACCGAGGAAACUGGCAUUGCGGGAAUCCUUCAAAAAAUGAAGAGCGGGAUAGAUGAUUGUGGGAACAUGAUUGAUUGUUACCUCAAACAAAAAGUUAUCAUUCGGAUCGUUAAGUCCUUGGCUUGGCAGGAGAAAUUCGAGUCUUUCGCCCAAAUGUUUUCUGAGCUCAAAACAAGCCUGAACGAUGCGAUGCUCGUCAUCGUUCACAGGUCCACAAGGAAGAUCAAUGACAGGACGAAAGCUUCGGAUGGGAAACUGGAUCGAGUUCUCGUGCUAUUAAGGAAACGUACGGACUUAGAGAACAAGAUAGCCCGUUUCAUUCAGAGACAUGGUGGAAUCGACCGCUGUCUGGAAGAGGACAGUAUCGUCCAAGGGUUGAUUACAGUUUCUGAGAAGAAAAUUACCGAUCCUUUCCCAUCCGUCGAUUACCGAACCGAGCCCGUCAUUAUGCCAUACGAUGACUAUGGGAGGCAAUGGUCGCGAAACAUACCUACGGCGCGCUUCGCAGAUGGCAAUGGUGACAACGUGUAUGGCUUAUCUCAAAUCCCUGGUGAAAUCAAUACUGGGUAUAUGGGAUAUUACGGGUCUCGCGACGCGCGCACCUGGUAUUCUCCGGCUGCCCAAACUGGACCCGUCCCUUCCGCCUACCCAUCCGUGGUUCGGCCUGUAUCGCAAUCCGAAGCCCUCCGUCGACCCUCGGAAUAUCCACCACCUAUUCCCGGUGUCACCCAACCUGACCAGUAUGUUGACCUGGGACUUGUAACGCAGUGCAGGGAAGACAUCGUCGUCGCGUUGAACACAGGGAUUGGCGCACUGCUGCAAAACCACACGGUGAUAUGGAGAUUGAAAUUAGAUCACCAAACGGCCGUGAUCACGAAGGAAAUACGGAUGAACACUUCUCGUAUCCUCCAGAAACUGGAUGCUGGUCCCCAUAAUCGAGUUAGCGACCCACACAUCCGCACCAUCUGGGCCACAGAGAAGUGGAAAGGCUCCGUCUCCGGUCCAAUGUUCGUUCAGGCUGUUUGGGACUACAUGGGCGAUUGUAUAGGAUCUCCUAGCCUUCCGGAGCUUGUUUGUGACCGCUGGACCUUGGAAUUCUUUGGGCCAUCAUACAGAAAGGCGCUUUUAGAAGCGAUAGACAUCGAUCACAGCGGCUAUGUUAGUGUCCAGGAGAUAAACAAAUUCACGGAAACAAAGCCCGCUGGAUAUACUCUGCCUGUUUGGUUCGCGUACUCUGCUGUGAGAUCCAGUUACGAGGCAGUCCAUUAUAGAAAGGAGAUAUUGAAUAGUAUUGGUGCUCUAAACCGUAGUGUUGCUGAAGGACGUGUCGCACCUGCGAUAGUUCGAUCGGUCAAAGAAUACCUGAGCACAGUCAACAACAUAGUCCUCGAGGGGCUUGUAAAUCCACUUGUUGUUCCUCCGAGUCGGAUACGGGAUAUUCAGGGAUGUGGGCCGUUGUAUGUUCCUUUGCGCUCGCGAACGCGGGAGCGAGAAAGCGAUCUUGCAGAGAAGCUGUCCAAGGCGCGUUGGGAGAUUGAUGGACCUGCUGCCUUAUCCGCGAUAAUUGGAGAAGGGCCUUUGGAGCAUCACUUACUUCCACUCCUUUAUGUGUUUGUCAACCACUAUGCGGAAUCGGCAACAAAGCAGAUUGUCUCGGAAGGGGAGACCCGGAACUUUGGAACCGGAAAAGAAACUAUUUUAAAAAUCGCGGAGCUCGUAGAUGAUCGGGUCUUCUACCUUCGUGAAUAUCUUGGUCCAUUCGAAUACUUUACAUUCGCAUGUGGGCUAUUCUCUUCAUGGCGCACAGUCAUACCGGAUGUUGAUCCUCUGCCAACUCUGUCCUCGGAGCGUCCGGACAAUGCGGUGCAUAUUGUAGAGAAAUCAGCAAUUCCAGGCUCAUACCCUAUUGUGGUGCCACCUGUUUUUCCGCCACCUGUGGUAGUUGUGGAGCCACCACCACCCGAAAUGGUCUACCUUCCCUCCCCAUCGGCCAGACCCCUAGGCAUUAAGAAUACAUCGCCACCAUGGUCGCCGCCAUCUCGACCCUCUUUCUUUUCCAGGAUUAAAAGAAGAUUCACUUGAGUUUGGCGCCGAAGGUCAGGGGGGACCCGCAGAGAAAGAUACUAAAGCUUAAAAAUGAGAAACUCGAGAUGGGGUUCUUUCACUGGAUCUGCGGUCUUCCGCGUGGAUCUGCUGGAUCCGUCAAUUGUCCGCGGGGUAUUUUAGUUUCUGGCGUUUUACCGAAUGCCGUGCCUGCAUAGCUCUCGUAUAUUCCAGAUAUUUUCAAACAAUUCUGUACUGUUUGUCGGUGGUCAGUGAUCGGAGCAACGCAAAUGUGUUAAAUAACCUAAUACUAUUUGCGCCA